GUGGGAAUCCAGAGCCGCAGUUUAGCAGUGCCUCUCGCACACACACACACACACGGUAGAGGAAGUAACCAGAGACAUCACACAGCCUCUCUGCUAAUGUUAGUAGAUCGUUGCACAGAAGCACAAGGCUGUCAGCAGUGGAAGAAAAAGGGAUCUUGCACGUUGCAGGAAAAUAAAUACACUGACCCCCUCACCCCCGCCCGACCGUAAGAACAGGACGUUUGGGCCCUUUAUUGUGCCAGGGAAGCCUGAAGGUGAAUUCAUUGCAAAGACCAUAGCAGCUGUUCCAGCGCAAGGAGGACGGAUAUCGGGCUCGGUGCGAUUUACUUCUUUCUGCACGUUUUGUACCCCAUUUUAAUGGAUGUUUUUUGCUACAGGACAGCUCCUGACUUGUUGCCUUUUCUAUUCCAUGCGAGUGGAGGGAGAAUGGUUUUAUGUUCAUGCUAAAUGGAGCCAGCGCUGCGGGGAAUCGCUCCUUCCUGACUGUACCACUGCAGCAGCAGUACGGGGGAAAGGGCCGCUUCCCUAGAGCCCCGCUUGCUUUCCCAGCCCAUAUACAUUGGUACAGCACUGGGCGGCUCGCCACUGUUUAGCCGGUGCCACCGUCUCCUUGCUGUGGGGGCCAUAAGCAUUACAGUGUGGGGGCCAUAAGCAUUACAGUGUUGGGGCCAGGCGACCUGCAACAUGUUGGCAGGGGAAGUUGCAAGGCUGUGUGUAGGCAAUACCGUGUGAAUGACCAUGGCAGCACCCUGAGGGGACUCUCCGCGGUCUUUAUGCAAUAGAAACCCCCUCAGGCCCUGACAAUGAGCCCUCGGUUUAUUUAACAGUGAUUUGUAUUCGCCGGCCGGGGGGAGAUAUUGCCCUGCCCGAAAACAGACUAGGAUUUCCGAUAAGAAAAAAAAGCAGGCGAAUUGGAUGUUUUUACCCGAGCUGCUCGCUCUUCCUUUCUCCCCCCGUGUAACAGGAGAGGCCCGACGCUCGGAUAUUGAUUUCUCACGCUGGAUUUUUUUUUGCCGGCCUGGGGAAUCCUACUAAAGCUACCGUGCCCCCCAGCUCUUCCCUGCCUCUCUGGUACGGGAUCUGCACACCGACAAAUAUACAUGUGAAGCCGCAGCAUCCCUUCCUGCUAAUAGGAUUCCACGCUUUAUUUUGUUUUACUAAGGAACCCAGGUGUCCGUAUCUGCUUUUCCCCGCUGGAUAUUUUAUGUUUUGGCCUUAUUAGUAAGCGCUUGUGCUGGGGGAGAGGAACAGAAUUUCGCCUCAGUGCGAGUGUGUAGAAGUCGCGUUUGGCGGUGAGCGGAUCUGCAAUUUUUGUCUCCAACAUGGCGGACCUGGAGGCGGUGCUGGCCGAUGUCAGCUAUCUGAUGGCGAUGGAGAAGAGCAAAUCUACCCCGGCGGCCAGGGCCAGCAAGAAAAUCGUGUUACCUGAGCCCAGUAUCCGAAGUGUUAUGCAGAAGUACCUUGAGGAGAGAGGUGAACUUACCUUUGACAAGAUAUUUAAUCAGAAGAUUGGUUUUCUGCUUUUCAAAGACUUCUGUAUGAAUGAUAUGGAUGAAGGUGUUCCACAGCUUAAAUUUUAUGAAGAGAUAAAAGAAUAUGAAAAACUGGAUUCUGAGGAAGAUCGCCUUUGUAGAAGUCGGCAGAUUUAUGAUACAUAUAUAAUGAAAGAACUCCUAUCCUGUUCACAUCCAUUCUCUAAGCAAGCAGUAGAUCAUGUACAAGCCCACUUAGCUAAGAAACAAGUGCCACCUACAUUAUUUCAGCCAUACAUAGAAGAAAUAUGUGACAGCCUUCGGGGGAAGAUAUUCCAAAGGUUUAUAGAGAGUGACAGGUUUACUAGAUUUUGCCAGUGGAAAAACGUGGAACUAAAUAUUCAUUUGACCAUGAAUGACUUCAGUGUUCAUCGAAUAAUAGGCAGAGGUGGAUUUGGAGAAGUAUAUGGCUGUCGAAAAGCAGAUACUGGUAAAAUGUAUGCAAUGAAAUGUUUAGACAAGAAAAGGAUCAAGAUGAAACAAGGAGAGACAUUGGCCUUAAAUGAAAGAAUCAUGUUGUCCCUAGUCAGCACAGGAGACUGUCCGUUCAUAGUAUGUAUGACUUAUGCAUUUCACACACCUGAUAAGCUCUGCUUUAUCCUGGACCUGAUGAAUGGUGGGGACUUGCACUAUCACCUUUCACAACAUGGAGUGUUUUCAGAGAAGGAGAUGAGGUUUUAUGCUGCUGAAAUCAUCCUAGGCUUGGAACACAUGCACCACCGUUUUGUUGUCUACAGAGACUUGAAGCCGGCAAACAUUCUACUAGACGAGCAUGGCCAUGUGAGGAUAUCAGAUCUGGGUCUUGCAUGUGAUUUUUCCAAGAAGAAACCGCAUGCUAGUGUAGGAACACAUGGGUACAUGGCUCCAGAGGUGUUACAGAAGGGGACAGCUUAUGACAGCAGUGCAGAUUGGUUCUCUCUAGGAUGUAUGCUUUUCAAACUUCUCAGAGGUCACAGCCCUUUCAGACAGCACAAAACCAAAGACAAACACGAGAUUGACCGCAUGACACUUACCAUGAAUGUGGAGCUUCCAGACUCUUUCAGCCCAGAGCUAAAGUCCCUUCUGGAGGGCCUUUUGCAGCGGGAUGUCAGCAAAAGACUUGGCUGCCAGGGUGGUGGUGCACAGGAAGUAAAGGAACAUGCAUUUUUUAAAGGCAUAGACUGGCAACAGGUGUAUUUACAAAAGUAUCCCCCGCCUCUGAUUCCUCCACGUGGAGAGGUAAAUGCUGCUGAUGCUUUUGAUAUUGGAUCAUUUGAUGAAGAGGACACAAAAGGCAUUAAGUUACUUGAUAGUGAUCAAGAACUGUACAAGAACUUCCCUUUGGUGAUAUCAGAGCGCUGGCAACAAGAAGUAGCAGAAACUGUUUACGAAGCAGUCAAUGCUGACACUGAUAAGAUUGAGGCCCGGAAGAGAGCCAAAAACAAGCAGUUGGGUCAUGAAGAAGAUUAUGCACUAGGAAAAGACUGUAUUAUGCACGGCUAUAUGCUAAAACUGGGAAAUCCCUUUCUGACUCAGUGGCAGCGACGUUACUUUUACCUCUUUCCAAACAGGCUUGAAUGGAGAGGAGAAGGGGAAUCACGGCAAAAUUUAUUGACUAUGGAACAGAUAGUAUCUGUGGAGGACACCCAAAUUAAGGACAAGAAGUGCAUCCUACUGAGGAUUAAGGGAGCAAAGCAGUUUGUCUUGCAGUGUGAGAGUGAUCCAGAAUUUGUACAGUGGAAGAAGGAGCUCACCGAAGCAUUCACAGAAGCACAGAGGCUUUUACGUCGGGCCCCAAAGUUUUUGAACAAUCCCCGAUCAGCAGUUGUAGAGAUUGCCAAACCACCGCUCAGUCACAGAAAUAGUAAUGGCCUUUAGGUAGCAAGACAGGACUAAGCUUUCGUAGGAUAAAUACAGUAUACACCACGUCUAAGGUCCUCAGCAUCAUUAUUAGUUACUUGUAUGGCUCUUAACAGAGAGGUGUACAUAGGAGAAGCUUUGUAAGCCUGUAUUACAUAUUGUUAACUGAAGAUGGGACUUACCACCUGAUAAUUAGAAGAUAUUGUAAAGGCUGAGGCAGUGAAGAGAUGAAUUUUCACUAUCCGGAGACUUGAAAGUUGCCAAAUUUAGUGAUUGCCCAUCAUCCUCUUGCAUCAGUUUCUUCUGAAGAUGCCCUGAAUGGCUAGCAAGAGUUGGUCCUCUUUUUUGUUUGUUUUUUUUGGCAUAUGCAUGCGCUGGUAUAUGCCAACCAAGGAUCUGAGUUGUUUUUGCAGUAUCUGAUUUUUUCCUUGACUGCCACAUAUAAAAUUCCACAUUUCCCUGGAUGCUUUAUUAAGGCAGUGCUGUAAGAAUGUUCUUCAGAUGAUAGCUUUUCUGCGUGUUGCCAUAUUCCCCACAUUUUCUUUGUCCUCCCAACUUGCACUGUUGACUUUUUUUUUUUGUUUAACUGGCAGUGUGAUGAUCCUUUUAUGCACUUCAAAGUACUGAUUUUAUCUGUCCUGUGGUUACAAUAUGUACAGUAGAUAAUCCAUGGAAACUACAAAGCAAGGAUAUUCACCCUGUUAUAUGUACUCAGAAAUAUAGUAGCUACCACUGUCUUGCUAUUUAUGAGGAUAGAAAUACAAUUGUAGAAUAAUUAUUGGUGAACCAGACUGCAUGGUAGCUUCGUUUAGUGGUCUAUUUUCCAGUCAGCAAAAUUAGCACAAUUAUUUAAGAUAAAAAGCUCAUUCUUCAGACGUUUACAGCAACUAAAAAAAAAAGACAGCUUUUUUUUCCAGGUCAAUUGCACUUAUUUUUAAUUUGUUUUUUUAAUCUGCUUUGUAUUCAAGUGAAGAACGGGUGAGAACGAUAUAUAAUGCCGGUACGCACAGUGCUGUAACCCUGUGUUUGUCCUUCAGUUGUGUAGGUUCCUUUUCAGAUUUCACAAGUUCUCAUGCUCUCUGUUCAGUGUUGGGAACUCACAUCCUGUCCUCCUCUGCUCAGAGUCGAAAAGUUCACAGGAAUAUGGACGUGUACAGCAAGAAUGCGCAUCCAGAUGGAUUUACCAUGGCAUAAUAAGACAAUCAGUCUGCUUUGGGCAGCUUCCACCUAUGUACAACACAUUUGAGCUGGAAGACCUGCCCACUGGAAAUUGCAUUGUGAGCUCAUAACCGUGUUUCAUCUUUUUGCUCUGGCUGCUCUUCACAUUCAGAAGUUACCCAUUUAUUUUUAUUUUUACAAUGAAGUGCAAAGUGCCAAUGGACUUGAGAAUAUAUUCCUAUAUUUAACCGAAUGUUAUGAGUGUACCUGUAAAUAUUAUUUAAGAAUUAGCUACUCAGAGGAGAGUGAAUGCAACAUGACAACCACAGCUCUGUUUCAAAUAGCAUGAGACCUGUUAAAUGUCUUCUACUAAACGUUUUUUUUUUCUCUUUAGUUUGGCUACUGGAGUGGUACUCGGCCUUUUUGCUUUUAUUUUAAGCCACUUUUAGCUGUACUGUUUUAAAAUCUACAGUAAAAUGUUCACAUUUUAAGCUGUGUGGUUGUUUAAAGGAAACGUUACAUGGGAUACAGAGGGUUGUAGGUUGAGUAUCACUGAACUACUGUGAAUUCAUAUCCAUAUUUGUAUUAAAUUUAUAGGCAGUGUCUGGCAUGAACAUACAAGCAAAUUUUAGAUGUCACUUUGUAGAGUCAACUUGUUCCCCCUGUACUUCCUUGUCCAUGUCGCCAUGCCUUUUAACCUUUUAAAAGAUGGAACAUUAUCGAGUAUUCAACAUUUAUGACAAAACUGUAAAACAAAUGGUUACAAGAUAAAAUCUUUUCAGAGACCAUUAUUUGCCAUAUUUUACACAUGUAAAUUGAAUGCGUCAUUAGCUUUACAAUCUGCUAGGACAUUUCAGAAUAACUGCUUUUGGUUUUCAGCAGAUAUUUAGGCCUGUCCAAUGCACUUUACUCUCAGAUUCACUUUGGAGUGUUAUCCAUAUGUUACAGUUUAUCAUUUCAUCUCCAUUUUUUUGUUUUUUUACUUAACGGUGCUUAUGGAUGGUUACUAGCAGGAGUAUCCUCUAGACUUAGGGGCAGGAUUUUAAUGACUGUUACUUACCCAGAGUUGGACUGGAGUACUCUGGGUCUACCACCCAACCACCACCACUCUCGUGUCAACCCUUGCUCCACUUCGCUACUUACUCUGCUGUCAAUUAGACCACGCCUUGAGGGAAAAAAAUUAAAAUGGCACAGUGUAAAGCAUGGCCAUCUAUCAUUUUAUAUAAAUCUGAAGUUGUGUACUGGUGGCUGGCUCGUGGGCAGGUGGAAAGGCCUGGCAGAGUUGGGGCCACUGGGAUUUUUUUCCUCAUCCUGGUGGGCCAGUCCCACCCUGUACUUGGCAUUUACUUACAGUACACAAACGUCACAGCAAUAAGAUACAAUUAUUAGUCACUAAAAUAGCAAUGAUAACCUUAUGUUGCCUAGUUGCUUAUUGUAAACUCAUGAGUUCCAAAUAAGUCAGAGUAGAAAAAUAAAAAGUCAUGAGGAGUUACUUAUAGGGAUUAGCUAUUGUACUCCAUGUACAAAUAUAUACUGUUCAUUGCAACAGAUCUGUGUCAUAAAAAAAUAUACUAAAUGUGCAGUUUUUUAAUUCAGAUAUAUGCAAAGUAAUUCAUUUCUGAAUAUACCCCGGAAUACCUAAUAAUGUCAUUCACAUAAAAACAAAUCGGCAUGCUUUUUUUAAAAAAAAAAAAAAAAAAUGGCUUAGUUGCAACAUAGCAAAACACAAAUAUAAUUAGGCUAGGGCCAGACGGAAACAUUUUUGUGGCAUAUUUUUAAUUUAGAAACAAUCUCUAAAUGUGAUCUAUGAGUCUCUCAUUUUAUCUGAAGCAAGUCUGCUUUCAGAGUAGUUAGUGUCAGCCAAGGCUUAUUUGAAAGAUUGGAGUGUAGAGCUUCCAGUUUCCUUUGCCAUCCGUGAGUCAGCUGCAGGUGCAGUGCUGUAUUAUAGAGUUGCCUUUGGUUGUAAACGCAGCUGGUGCAGCAGGCCUUGGCCUGUUAAAAUAAAAUAUGAAAAUAUGUAGAUGUGUAUAAUAUAGGGUGCAAAGGAUGCACUUACAAGACAAGCAUGUAAAAUGAACCUUUAUUUCUACAUAUUUUGACCCACUUUAGAGGGUUUUAUUAGGAAAGCAACAGACCUGUAAGGUAUGUAAGCAUUAAGGAGUAAAUGUUCAGUCCUGUGAGUGCAUCUUUUCAUCUUGUGUGCACUCUAUUUAUGUUAUUGUGGGAUAGCAGGUAGGCUGGGUUUGAAAGGGAACUGGAUAAGAUUAAUUCAAUUCUGUAAAUUUAGAAGUGGUAACCAGCCAAUGCAAAUAUCAGUGUAUUAAAAACAAACUUUAAAACAUAGGCACAAGGAAAAUAGUAAUUGUGGCAUAAUCAAAAGUGUAGACACCCCGAUAAGUCAGUAUUUAGUAACACCCCUUUGGCACAGAUCAUGGCAUGUAAAUGCCUUUCUUUCAAUUCUUGCAGGGAUUUUUGCCCACUCUUCUUUGCAUACUUUAGACGUUAACUUUUGUGAUGAGGGUGUAUGUAAGGCUUUCUCCUAAUGGCAGAUCAUGUUUGUGCAAGCACCACGCACACUGUGGAACAGUGCAACACCACUGUUCUCUCUGAAUGUUUUCUUGGUCUUCCAGAUCUUGUCUUGACUUCCACUUAGUUCCCUAAACUACUAUUUUUGAUGAUAUUACAGACAGUGGGUAUUACAAUCUGGGAGCACUUUGCAUUUUUUUCCAUAGUUUUUCCCUGCUUUGUAGGUUUACUUUUUAGAUCCUAACUCUGUUGCUUAAGGGAGCUCAGGGUUGCUGAGCUGGAGGUAUCAACAGGUGAUAACUCCUAAUAGCUAUUAAGGCCUAAUGAAGUUAAUUAAGAUAAGGUACCUUGCAAAGUGUUUGUGCUGUUUUCUUUGUUUUGUAUGUUUUAAAGUUUGUGAAAUAACAUGUGACUGACACUGACGGUUGUACUACUUUUUACUUACAAAAAUUAAUUAAAUAUGAAUUUGGCAAGGGGUGGCCAAACCUUUGCAAAUGUGUGUGUAUAUAUAAAAUAUAUAUGAUAGACAAAGACAUGUAUAUGAAUAGAUAAAGACAAGAAAUCCUCUACACUCACUCAUUAUCAAUAUAUAUAGGACAUUAAGACAUUCUGUGCAUUCAGCUACUAAAAAUUCCCCUCUACUUAAUAAAUAAAAAACCCAGCAAAACAGGGAUUGUUUGUCUAUAUGUUAUAUAUAUAUAUAUAUAUAUAUUGUGUAUAUAUAUAUAUAUAUAUAUAUAUAUAUAUAUAUAAUAUAUAUAUAUAUAUAUAUAUAUUGGUUGAGUGCAGGGACCACCUGUCUUUGUAUGAAUUUUGUGGUCAUGGCCUCAUUGCACCCCUGCUACAAAGCAUCUGAAAAACCCUUUAAUCAAAAAGAAUGGGGAUUGCUGGUCUGGAAGAAAAUGCCUUUUUCCAUAUUUUCCCACAAUUAAUACAGAUUUCAUCAUGUAAACUGCUUUAUAUGUGGCACCUUUUUUCAGAUGCUUUGUCCCUGAUAGGUGACUUAGUGAUGUGUGCCAUUGCUGUGUCAUUUCACACAGCACUAGCUAAUCACACCGCAGAGGAAAAUUUACCAAAAAGGAAUUCUAACCUGUUGCAGUCCAACACUUGUUUUUAUAAAACUCCUAGUAGCCUCAGAUUGCUGAGCCCAUUGAAUGCUGGAGCACCAUAAAUUGAACCUAAAUUAUUAUUUUGUAACCAUUUGCUUGCUUACCAUUAUCAGGUUUUUCUACAACUAAGGCAUACAAGCAUUUUAUAUUUCCAUAGUGUUCUGUAGGUGAGAACCAUGGCAUUCAAAAUGCCUAGGACCACCGACAGCCACUUCCCCCUUAAAGUGACUGAGAAAGCACAGAUAGAUGGGGAUCGCCCAGGACUUCUGAUUAACAUGUUGCCAAAUGAUCCUUAGCUGCUGGCUCUUAGCUUAACCUAUAGACAGUGGUUUUUCCAUUCACAUGAAUGAACAAGGGCUGUUUGGUGAUGUUUAGCUAUGGACUAAUAUGGUUGUAUAGUCUCCCAAGCAGAACUACAGUUGAAAAUGCUAGUCUUGUUACCUCUUUCCUGUGGAUGGCAGUGCAAAAUGUUUUUGAUGCACAUCACAUUAGUAGAUUGUAAAUGUUUAACUUGAGUUUAUGUGUAUAUAAAGAUUAUAUUUUUUUUAACAUAUAUUUUUUGCAAUUUUGUUUUCAGCCUUGAGACACCUUGAUGACAGUCACUUUAUAAUCCAAUACGUAAUCUAGGAGAUGCCCCAUGCCAGAAAGCUAUUUGUAGAUGUUAUCCACUGACAAAUUCCCACUGCCUCUUGCAGUGACAUCGGCUUGAUAAAUCAAAUCCCACUUCUUUUUAUGUGCUAAAUAUUAGCUGUCAUUGUUUCACGCAGAUUUUUAAAUUGAACUUGAGACAUUUUCAUGCGUGAAAGACCAUGAUCAUCAAAUACAAUUAGAUAUGGUUUCUCAUGUACUGUAUAUACUACUGAACCCAAUGUGUUUGCCUUUACACAGCCAAACACAGUCUGCCAAAAGCUUGCUCAAGAUUAAGCUUUCUCCCAUGACAAAAUGCCCUAGGACAGUGGGGCACAAUCCCAUCAGAUAUUCUUGGGGCCUUGACUUAACUGCUGGUAUGGUCAUUUUCAUUCUAAACUUCUUUUUAAAUUCUAAUUUAUUGCAGAUCUCUUAAGGCAAAUCUGCUUUACUUUGGGGACCUUGCCAGUUCUUAAUAGAGCCCUAAAUGGAGCAGUACCUUGCAGAUCUCUCAACUCGCAGUGGAUUAUAAGGCAAGGAACUGCCAAAUGGUAGAAAAUAAGGCCCAGACCCUAAAAUAGAUUCUCAAUCAUACAAAUUGUUCCAAGGGGAACAACAAAUGGUAUAUGUAUUCUAAAAAAAAAAAGAUGUAAACCUAUUUUGUUCUUGUUCUGAUAAGUUUACCCUGCAGUGGAAGGAGGUAAGAGUCCAUAUUUAUAACUUGAAAGCAAAGAUUUAGAUAGCAUAUAUACAUCAAAAUACUUUUCUUAACUCCUGACAAUUUUUUAAAUGACAUGGAUUUUUGUUGUCAAAUUAAGUGGAUUCAUAUUUUAAAUGUUGGAAGGCAAAACCGAUUUACAUUGCAAUGUAAUAGAUAGUUUUUUACUUCCCAUCAGUGUUAAGUGCAGGCACUUUUUACACAAAAUAAUAGAGAUGAUGCCUUCCUAGUAUAUUGGCAAUACCAUAGCGAGUCCAUUUUGUUCUCAGUAUUCUCUAGAUGUAAAAAAUCUUUUAAACAAUGUAAUGAAUAUCUAAAUGAAAACAGCAUUUAAUUCUGUUUUACGAAUAUGGUCUGCGGGGCAAGAAAUAUGCUGCUAAUUAUACACUUGUAUCUAAUUGCGUUUCUUUGCAAAUGUAUUAAAAAGGCCACAGCAUGUAAUUAUCAGAUAGAUUUACUGUGAAUGACCAGCUUUAACAUAUGUUACUCCACUUUACAUUCAGGAUUGUUUGGCAUUUGGUUAUCCAGUAUAUCUGCUUGCACAGCCCUUAUUGAAACAUAUCAUUGGUAAGAUAUUCAUCUGUGCGCAGGCAAUGGAGAUAGUAAAAUGUAAACACAGUUCCAAAACCUACAAAAAAGGAUCUGGAAAUGAAUCCUACAGUAGCCUGACUUUUAUAUGUGUUCUCUUUUCAUCAAGGAAUAACUGCAGUAGGAUUAUUUAUGUACUGUAGGUAAAACCUGCUUUCUUAAAACACAGUUGUGUGGUGUAACUGGUGAAUGUAGUGAUGGGUUACAUUCUAUAAAUGUGAAAAUACAAUCUGUUUUAAUUACAUAACCUAUGUACAGUGCUCUCCUGCUUUUAUAAUGUUGUGUCCUGAUAAUUCAUGCAAGCACGGGGAUGCAGCUUCUUUAUGAAGAGCUGCUCCUCCCUGUGUACUUUUUGCUGUAGAGCCUUGAGCUAAUUAAUGUGGCAGGGGGGAAAUGCUCAACUAUAGAUAUGUCCCUUUCAAAUGUAAGAAUUCCAUGAUGUGGUUGGGAAGGUCUUGGUCCAUUUAUAGUGCUGCACACUGAGUUACCUACUCAUAAAUAAUGUAACCUGUCUAUACCAGUAUCAGUUGUAGUUUUUGUGAAUACCUAUUGGAAACCUAUGAUUUAAAAAGAAAAAAAGACAUUUACAGGCCUGUAUCCUAUUUGUAGAAAGCAUACCAAAUGAAUGAAUUGCAGUCCAUUUUAUGUUAGCGUAUGUAGGAAACAUAUAUUGAGGCAGAAUAUGCUAAAGAAUGUGUCCAUGCCAGAAAUGCAGACUGCUUAUAUUGUCAUGGUGCUGCUUAACUUGCCAAUCAGUACAGAACUACCCUUCCUCAAUCCUUGCAGUGCUGCAUGGGCUUGCAGGCUUAUUUUACCUAUAGCAGUUAUUUCUUUUCUUCCUUUCAAGGGGAGUGUUUGGCAGGCCCUAUUACCCUUUUAAAUGGGUGGGGUGGUUAAAGAAGCAAGACAUGGUUAUUGCCUACUGUAUUUGUUAUCUUUUAACUUAGUGUUGGAAGAGUUGAUUAUCCCAGUGUGUGUAUUUAUAUGUGUGUGUGGAUAUAUAAUUAUAUUUAUAUAUAAUAUAUACACACUCACAUUCUUCUAUAGAACAAUGUAGACUUGUUCUGUUGCAUGCUAAAGGAAGGAGGGGCCAUGCAUUGUAUCAUUGCUUCCCGAAUUCCAAUUAGCUGGAAGCUUCUGUGCCCUUACAUAGCCCCAAUUUAUUUAACUUGUGCUCAUUGAAACCAUCCCUGUGUUUGUGGUAUCUCUAUUGCAUAACAAUGUACAUAUGACAUCCACUGUCACGUAGAAACGAUUCCGUCAUAUAAGAGAAAAAAAAAUACAUUGUGCAUAUUCAUUUCUUUUGUUUCAAACAAAUCAUUAUGGACUCGGCUGUACUUUGGUAAAUGAAGGUAGUUCUGUAGGCAUAGAACAAGAGUUAUAUUUUAACAAGAGUUCAUUUUAUAUUAUUUAUUAAAUCCAUGCGUUUCUUUGAUGUUGCUGACAUUCCAUAUAAUUGUUUUCUUUAUCUGUAUAGUUGGUUAUUUAAGGUGUGCUGGCAUUUUCAUUUUACGUAGAACUAUCAGCUUUAUUCUGUUUUUCAUAAAUAAAUGCCAAUUGAACCCAGAAAGUUA